CGGGAUCUAGUGAUCGUGGGUUGGCAGCCGAAGUCGGGCGGGCCGGUGCAGAGAGCAGCGUGGUCUAUCCUGUGACUGACUGACACUCGCCGGGGAAAAAGUUACUCUGAGUUCGCGGACACACUGCCAACAUGUCUGGAGAUGACGAGACACAGGAGCAGACCAUCGCCGAUGAUUUGGUGGUCACCAAGUACAAGAUGGGGGCCGAGAUUGCGAAUCAGGCUCUGAAGGCGGUAGUUGGGGCAGCUAUGGCUGGAGUCUCCGUGCUCAGCCUGUGUGAAAAGGGAGAUGCCUUCAUCAUGGCAGAAACUGGGAAAAUCUUUAAGAGGGAAAAAGACAUGAAGAAAGGUAUCGCUUUUCCUACUUGUGUGUCAGUUAACAACUGUGUGUGCCAUUACUCCCCUCUGAAGAGUGACCCUGAUGUCAUACUGAAGGAUGGGGACCUUAUCAAAAUUGAUCUGGGUGUGCAUGUUGAUGGCUUCAUCUCAAAUGUGGCACACAGCUUCAUUGUUGGAGUGACCAAGGAGAACCCACUGACAGGGCGGAAGGCUGACGUUAUCAAAGCAGCUCACCUCUGUGCUGAGGCUGCUCUGCGUCUUGUUAAGCCAGGAAACCAGAACACACAGGUCACAGAAGCCUGGAACAAGAUUGCAAAGUCAUUCAAGUGCUCCCCUAUUGAGGGCAUGCUGUCCCAUCAGCUCAAACAACAUGUGAUUGAUGGGGAGAAAACUAUCAUCCAAAACCCAACAGACCAGCAGAAAAAGGACCAUGAGAAGGCUGAGUUUGAGGUGCAUGAGGUAUAUGCAGUGGAUGUGCUUAUCAGCACUGGAGAGGGGAAGGCAAAGGAUGGAGGUCAGAGGACCACCGUUUACAAACGAGACCCCAACAAGGUGUACGGCUUAAAGAUGAAGACAUCUCGGACAUUCUUCAGUGAGAUGGAGAGACGCUUCGAUACAAUGCCUUUCACUCUGAGAGCGUUUGAGGAUGAAGGCAAAGCCAGGUUGGGCGUGGUGGAGUGUGCCAAACAUGAGCUGCUGCAGCCAUUCAGUGUGCUGCAUGAGAAAGAAGGUGAGUUUGUUGCCCAGUUCAAGUUCACCGUGCUGCUCAUGGCCAAUGGACCUCUGCGAAUCACAAACAGCCUCUUUGAGCCAGAGCUCUACAAGUCCGAGCAUGAAGUGGAGGACCCAGAGCUGAUGGCUUUGCUUCAAAGCUCAGCCAGCCGUAAGACUCAGAAGAAGAAGAAAAAGAAGGCUUCAAAGACUGUUGAGAGUGCAACAGGACAGGCAAUGGAGACUGAAGCUGCAGAAUAGAUUUCUCGCUACAAGAAAUGCUGACAGACAUCUGAUGACCCAAAGAACAGACGUCACGAAUCCUUCUGUCCCAGCUGUCUGAGGCACUUGCGGGCAUAGCCGCUGUGAAUACCUCUGAAUCUAACUGAUGUCAGUCUGGGAUGAUGCUGCUCCUAAAUUCUGUCAAUCCGCCUAAAACACACACAUACACGUACGUCCCUAGUAAAUCUCUCUGUCCUCGAGACAGCCUCCUGUGUGGACACAAUUCUGCUUCAAAAGAGGAUAUUUUUGUGUAAGGGCAUAUACUCACUGGAACAUUUAACCAUUCGACUGACCUUGAGCCUUCGUCCCUUUCUACAAUAACUGUAGUGAAAGAUAUGGAAAAUAAAAUGAGUUUGACAGAGCGGCCAAGGAUGAUGAAUGCACAAUACUGUGUCAGUGUAAUUGUGUGGCAUUUAGAUAACUUCCUUGAGGUCAUAAACCUGAAGCGUUAACUUGUUGUGGGCAGAAAUGUGUAACAACUGUCUUGAACCCUGAUGUCAUAUGACAUUCACACAAGUUGCAAGUAUGACAUCAUUAGUCAUCAUUACUGUUGAAUUCAGCAUAAUUACUGCAUUUAUACUGCUCUUGCUUCGGUCCAUCUACUAGUACAUUGUGUAUACUUGUAGGCAUCUAUUGUACAUUAAUCAGCUAACAAUUUCUAAAACUAACAUUGUAAGACCUACAGGGUGAGUAAUUUAACUAUUAAAAAAAAGUAUCUCUUCUCAGUUGUGGAUGGUCUAACUCCUGUCAAGGGUUCAGCAUUCAGUCUUCUGGUGCCACCGCUGAGUCUGACAGUCUGUGUUUACAUAAGAAGUCCAUACCUGUUAAGAUAUAUGGAUGCUUUUGUAAAACAAAUCCCAGUUUCAGAGACUAUUUUUGGAAACAUUAAAAAGCUGCCUGACAUCAUUUGUGUGGUUGUGUUUUUCGACUGUGUGAAUUCAGCUCAUUGUCCUGACGAGUGGAAGUGUUUUUGUUUUUUUCAUGAUUUUGAACGUUAAUGAAUCAAGUGGCCCCUCUGCCACCAUUGGAAACAAGUUAUUUUUAAUUAAUUUAAUUUACAUUCUGUAAAUUGUAUCUUACUAUACGAAGGUCUAACUGCAAUUUCAAAGCCCCCCACUUCCAGGAAUAUAAUUUUGUGGGAGAAAUGCUGAAGCAUCAACAUACUUAAUUUCUUGUUGGCCUGAAAGUAGUACAGAUUUGAGCUAUGACUAAAAAUACUGGAAGGACUUGUUAAAUACCUACCACACAUAACGUUCCCCCAGGUUAAAAAACAAACUACUUGAAUAUAAUCGGUUUAUUAGAAGACCAGCGAGAUCUGCUGCAUAUGUGCACAAUACAAAGUGCUAUAAAAAUAAAUAACUGGGACAAUUAACCGUAAAAACACAUAAAAAGCUGCAGCAAUGGUUUAGUACAUCAAGCAUUUUCUGCUUUACGUUCUAGAAAACUGCAUUUCACAUGGUUUACUAUGGGCCAAUCAAAGUGACGUAUACAAGCUAUAUAAAUUCGACGUCGCUAGGUUAUGACGUUCUUCAAAGAGACGAUUCCUUAGUGAUCGCCUUCCCUUCUCGACAUGAGAGCUAAGUGGAGAAAGAAGCGCAUGCGCAGACUGAAGCGCAAAAGGAGAAAGAUGAGGCAGAGGUCCAAGUAAACUGCCCUCUCCGCCAUGGCUGUGACGCACAUGUUGCCAACACCCAGACCGGUGAGCUCAGCUGGAGACCCAGGACCCUCCCGGUGUCAAGUCUGAGGCCAGCAGUGCCCAUAUCAACCUGAGGCAGCGGAGCUGAAGCAGCAGUAGAUUGCUGCUGGAGCUGAUUCAAGACCUGCUGGAUGACAGGCUUUUCCUCUGGGAUAUUCUGGACUUUAAUUCCUCAACUUUUGUCAUUUGUUUUUGUUUAUACUCUGAUUAAAGGUUUUGGUUUAAAAAAA